CCCGCGCCUCCCCGCGCUUCGACCCCGCAAACGCUGCGAAAAGGAUAAAAGGCGCGCGCGACACGGCCAACGCGUUCACUCCAGCGCCGAGCUCGCCCGCAACAGCAACAAAUAAACAGAAGACUCCGGCCCGCAUUCAGUCCAGCGCCAGCCCGCAACAGCGACUAUAGAAAAGACCUCAACAGUACCGUACAAAGCUGCAAUACGGCUGUAACCAGCAUUUUUAUUUCGACCCUCACCGUCUCGGAGCGUAAAGAACCACUAGCUCAGUGGCGGUACGAAUCCCGUGCCGUACAUUGAACUGGUCCUUCGAGCCGGAUAGUACAUAGACGCUCCUAGACGGAAACAACACAGCACGAAGAUGCCCAUUACACGCCGUAUGCGUGCAACUGUUACGGAACAGCCCAACGAGAACGCUGGACCAUCGAUAGCCACAGAAAAGGGAGUUUCGUCGGGCACCAAUAGCUCCGCGACUACAGCAGUCACUGCAACCGAAGUGAUGAACACCACCGAGUCAACGGGCCUUCCACUGACGGCGCCCCGAGACAACGACCGUACUACAGCGGCGGGAGAACGCAACACAGAAACUAGUCUCCACGCACCUACAGUAUUGGGAGGCGCCCGCUUACCGCCUCCACCCGCAUCUACCACCACGAAGAAAUCAUCGCGCAGCGCUCGUAUAGCGAAAGAGCGCGAAAAACUCUUGCACCUUCAAGUCCAACUCGCCGCAGCGCGUAUAGCGCGUAUAGAAACUGAAGACUCUGAUACUGACGAAGACAUAGCAGAAUCAGAACCGCAGCGACGAGUAUCAGAAUGGCUCGACGACAAGCACGCGUGUUUUGCCUGCGAUGUGGAAACACGAGAGAAGACUGGUCCACUUACACAGCUGCGUCCAUCGCUACAACAGAAGCAUGAACAAUAUUGGCCUACCGCCCCUCACCCCGCUCCAACGACACGUAUAGUACAGAAGAACGAAGAUAUUCCACACGAACAGAAGAUCGCAGUGAAAACAGAAGCAAUUACUGUCAUCGAACUAGCGAAAGCAAUCGCUAUCGCCGGGCGAGGAAGGCAGCAUUCCAUAGAACUUCCAAUCUACAGUGGAUCUCAUGUGGAAUGGUUGUCAUUCAAGGCGGCCUACGACGAAACAGCCUCAUCAUACAGCGAAGUAGAAAAUAUAGCCCGUCUUAGAAGAAGCCUACGUGGAAACGCAAAGGAAGCGGUCGAGAAACUUCUAAUCUACAGCGCCAACACGACGGACAUCAUGAAGACACUAGAAUUCCGCUUCGGCCGCCCAGACGCCAUAGCACUCGCCGAGCUGGAGCAGCUGCGCGCCCUCGCGCGCCCUACAGACUCACCGAAAGACAUCUGCAUCUUCGCUACUAAGGUUGGCAACAUAGUAGCAACGCUCCGCGCCCUACGAAUACAGUACUACCUCUACAACCCAGAAGUAACGAAGACUACAAUAGAGAAGCUUACACCAUCGAUGCGCUACAGAUGGUACGACUUCGCCGCCGAGCAACCGACCGAAGAAGCAGACCUACUAAAGCUCACACGCUUUCUAGACAGAGAAGCAAUACGUUGCGGACCCUACGCCCAGCCAGAGGGCGCUUCCGCAGCCACAGCCAACUUCACACAGCCGCAGAGAUUUACGACAGGCGGACGAAAACCAGUACAGAAAAUAUACACAACUACCGAACAGUCAACGUGCACGCUCUGCAACAGUACGGAACACGAAGCCGCAUCCUGUUCACGAUUUUUAGAAGCAGACAGUGACGAACGAUGGAACAUAGCUAAAGCAAAAAACCUCUGCUUUAGAUGUCUGAAGUAUCGAAGCAAGAAACACGGUUGCAAACGAAUAUGCUGCGGCACCGACGGAUGCACACGUUGUCAUCACAACCUCCUUCACUUUACUAAGAAAGAAAAAGAAGACGGCGAGCCAAGAACAGAAAAAGUAGCGAGCACCUGGACUACUGCGGGCCGGAGUACCUAUUUAAAAAUGGUACCGAUACGAGUAUGCGGGCCGAAACGCAACGUGAAUACUUUCGCUCUCCUAGACGACGGGUCCACAGUCACACUCGUCGACGCCGACUUAGCAACAGAGACAGGAGUCAAGGGCCCAAUCGAACCGCUGCACAUCGAAGCCAUCGCCAACGAACAAAUGAGCUCACCUACAUCGCAACGCGUCACUUUACACAUUGAGGGAGCGCCGCGCACCGUCAAGAUACAAGCCAGAACUAUUAAAAACCUGCAUAUAUCACCGCAACGCAUCACAGAAAAAGAUCUUGACAACUGCAAGCAUUUCGACGGACUCAUCGACCAACUGCGCUAUGACGAAGCUAAGCCAAGAAUACUCAUAGGCCAGGACAAUUGGGAGCUGCUAAUAGCAUCAGAAACGAGGCGUGGAGCGCCUCACUUACCAGUCGCAUCGCUCACUCCACUCGGGUGGGUGCUUCACGGCGCGCGCACUCGUAUACUAGGUCAGCGAGUGCACUACGUCAACCAUCUCGCCAGUACGGAAGACAACAUAGACGCGCAACUCAAGCAGUACUUCUCCAUCGAGUCACUCACCACAGCACCAAGAAGACCGACUAGCGACCCAGAACAGCGUGCACUCGAUUUACUCAAUGCACGUACCACACAGUUACCGAACGGGCGUUAUGAAACAGGCCUAUUGUGGCGCGAUGAAGACAUAGACAUGAAAAAUAAUUACGAGAACGCAUACAAGAGGCUGCUCUCAAUAGAAAAGAAGAUAGAUCGUGAUCCACAACUACAACAGAAGUAUGAAGAGCAGAUGGAAGCACUUAUCACCAAGGGCUACGCAGAAAUAGCACCUGCACAGAAACACAGAAAAAAGACGUGGUACUUGCCUCAUUUCUCCGUAAUCAAUCCAAUGAAGCCUGGAAAAGUGCGAGUGGUACACGACGCAGCUGCCAAGACUAAGGGUAUCUCACUCAACGACCACCUCCUCACCGGACCCGACCUGCUACAGUCGCUGCCCGGCGUGCUCAUGCGACUGCGUCAGCACCGCACAGCGACGCGCGACGUGCCAGUACCCUUCGACGCAUCACAUCGCUGGUUUCAAGGGCCGUCUUUUCUCCGCGACGACCCCUCUGCCGCAAGAAGAAAGAAAAAACAAACUACAAACGAACAGCCAAGAAGACAGAAACUGAUCCUAAUUGGAGCCGCAAGCACAAACACACAUCCGUACAACGUCCACCGCCACAACUACGCCGCGCUACUACACAGAAGACACAGUACAAACAGUUAGACGCGGCCACAAUAGAAGCGGCGGAACAUUUAAUCAUACGCGCCAGUCAACAGCACAGUUUCAAAGAAGAAAUUAAGGCGCUAAACAACGCUCAACUAGUAGCGACAGAUAGCCGCCUGCGCCCCCUAGCGGUGGAGAUAAUAA